CCCCCGAGCCUUUUCUCCCCCGCCGCCCGGGGGCGGUGGUGGCGGGGCGGGACCGGGGGCGGCCCCGGGCAGGUCCACCUGGAGCGGCGGCGGGAGCGGCGGAGCGGAGAUGCCGUACCUGCUCAUUAGCACCCAAAUCCGCCUGGAGGCUGGGCCCACCAUGGUGGGUGACGAGCACUCGGAUCCCCACCUGAUGAGUAUCCUGGGGGCCACAAAGAGGAGCAUGUUGGGCAACAACUUCUGUGAGUACUACGUGAACGACGCUCCGCGCGUGGUCCUGGACAAGCUGGAGAGUCUCGGCUACCGCGUGGUCAGCAUGACCGGCGUGGGCCAGACCCUGGUCUGGUGCCUCCACAGGGAAUAGCCAGGGAGAAUCCUGCGUUCCACAUGGACCACAUCCUGCUGGAGAUCAUCUUAUAGGACUGGCAGCAAACUUUCCCCCCUUAAUUCCUUCCUGUCCCAGACUUCAGGCACCCGAGCAGGGGGAGGAAUGGUGCAGAAACAGAGCUGGACCCAGUGGAAUUUUUGCCAUCCAUGUUCUGUUUCCCAAGAGCAGGGGGAGGAAGGUAUGCCCAGAAUCUGGCAGAGGGAACAGAUGGUUCCAGCUCUGCCAGUGGGAUGGCAGUCUGGCAAAUUCCAGCUUUUUACAUUUUAAUCAUGUAUUCAGCAUGCCCUGGAGGAAGCUCAGUAACAGCCCUGUUUGCCUCCUCCUCAGGCUGGGGCUGCCCCAGAGAGCUCCAUGCCUUCUCCUGGGCUAGGGAGUUAGGAAGGGACAGCAAGCAUGGACACCAUCCCAUCUCAUCCCUAAAAUCCAAGAGGGAACCACUAAACCUACUCCCAGGGCUCUGACAAUCCCUUCCCUUGGCAGCAAGGCCUGCUUCCAUCUCAGCAGCACCAUCGAACUUCCAGAUCCCAGACUGCCAUCCAAGCCUAACAUGGGAUAGUGUUGUUGUGUGACUAUUCCAGGUGCAGGCUCUAAUUCCAACACUGCUGGAAUGUUUGGGACUGUGCACGGAUUCUGCUGCGGGGGGUAACACCAAUAAAACAUUGCUCCAAAGAGA